CUGCUGGUCGACGGCGGUGGAACGAGUAUAUAACGUAGCGCCAUCAGCACAGCAGCCAGUUCAUAGUUACCUCGGGAACGGUUCUUCACUCGCAAACUCGCUCAUCUGAUCAGCGUCUCCGAAAGAUGCGUGCCUCCGUGUGCAUGCUGUUGGCGGCGGCCAUGGCCGUGGCCGUGAGUGGCCAGUUCGAUACGCACCAGUGGGGUGACCGCAGCGGUAUCGUGCAUCUGUUCGAGUGGAAGUGGAACGACAUUGCGGCCGAGUGCGAGAACUUCCUCGCGCCGAAUGGAUACGGUGGCGUGCAGGUAUCGCCACCGACCGAGAACGCCGUCGUCUGGAGUCCGCGCCGUCCCUGGUGGGAACGGUAUCAACCGAUUUCGUACAACCUAAACACCCGAUCCGGCUCGGAGAGCGAAUUCGCCAACAUGGUCCGCCGGUGUAACGCGGUCGGUGUCCGUAUCUACGUCGAUCUGGUCAUCAACCACAUGGCGGCCAUCACGAGCAACGGUGGAACGGGCGGGUCGACGGGUAACGCCGGUGGCAUGGAGUUCCCGGCUGUGCCGUACGGAUCGAAUGACUUCAACACGCCCUGUGCGAUCAACAACUAUAACAAUCCGAUCGAGGUGCGCAACUGCCAACUCGUCGGACUGCCCGAUCUGAACCAGGGUAACCAGUGGGUGCGCGACCGUAUCGUGGAUCUGAUGAACAAGAUGGUCGGUUACGGUGUGGCCGGAUUCCGGGUGGACGCCGUCAAGCACAUGUGGCCCGGCGAUCUGCAGGCCAUCUACAGCCGGCUGAACAACCUGCCAACGGAUCAGGGCUUCCCGGGUGGUGCCAAGCCGUUCAUCACGCAGGAGGUGAUCGAUCUGGGCGGUGAGGCGAUCAGCAAGAACGAGUACACGCACCUCGGUACGGUGACGGAGUUCCGCUUUUCGGCCGAAAUCGGUCGUGCGUUCCGUGGUAACAAUGCGCUCCGGUGGUUGACCAAUUGGGGUCCCGAGUGGGGCUUCCUACCCUCCCAUCUGGGUCUGGUGUUCGUGGACAACCACGAUAACCAGCGCGGACACGGUGCCGGUGGUGAUCAGGUGCUUACGCACAAGGUGCCCAAGCAGUACAAGAUGGCGUCCGCGUUCAUGUUGGCCCACCCGUACGGUAUUCCGCGUGUUAUGAGCUCGUUCUUCUUCAACGAUGGUGACCAGGGGCCGCCACAGGACGACAAUGGUAAUUUGCUGUCGCCGACCUUCAACGCGGACGGAUCGUGCGGUGGUGGCUGGGCUUGUGAGCAUCGGUGGCGCCAGAUCUACAAUAUGGUCGGUUUCCGGAAUGCCGUCUCCGGUACGUCACUCAACGACUGGUGGGACAACGGUAACAACCAGAUCGCGUUCUGCCGUGGUGGCCGUGGAUUCGUGGCGUUCAACAACGAGGGCUACGAUCUGAACCAGAGCCUCCAGACGUGCCUACCGGCCGGUACCUACUGCGAUGUGAUCUCGGGCAGCAAGUCGGGCGGUAGCUGCACCGGUGCCAGCGUCACGGUCGGUGGUGACGGUCGGGCCAACAUCUUCAUCUCGGCCAACGCCGACGACGGUGUGCUUGCGAUCCAUGCCAACUCGAGACUGUAAUCUGGUGACUGGUAGCUGCAAAUCCAAGUAUGCUGAGUGCUGCAAGGACCACGCAAUCCGCGCAAUCACUCGUGACGAUCGAUAGCUUUAAUAAACUGCAUUAACACCAA